UAGAUCGUCGCAGUUUAUCCUCUUCUUUGAGGGUUAGAAUUGUCUCUCAUUCUGGUUUCAACUUCAAGACUUUAAGACAGUUCAGGUAUCUUCAAGUUCUAAACGGCAUUUUCAGACUGAAACAAAAGUGAAUAGCUCAGCGAGAUCAAGAGUGAUUGACAGUUGCAUCGCCAUUCACGUUAUUUACAACUGACACGAUUUUAAACAUAAUGAUAGACGCAGAAGUCACAAUGAAAUAUCCACAAUUCCGAUUGAAAAUUGAUUUGUCAAAGUUUUUCCAUGAUGCACGUCAAUGUUGUUGGAUUUUCAUCGAUGGAGCGAAGAUACAAAAUAUUAUUCAUAUCCAGCAACAUAUUAGUAAACUUUUCAGCAUCACAGAACCAUUUCAUUUAUUGUUAAACAAUACUGAAUACUUGCCACCAACAGAGGAUAUUCGCAUAUUGAAAGAGAAUGAAACGAUACAAGUACUUCCUGGAUCAGGUCUAAAAAAUGGAAUUAAUAAAUCAGAAACAUGCAAUAGUUCUGUGCACGAUAAACAGGUCCAUACAACAGAUAUCAAAAGAGGAAUAGUUACAUCUGAUAUACUGGAUAUAUCUAAUAAUAUUUUAAAUGACAGUCAAUCAAAUUCCAUGAAUAACACUGCAGAAAACAUGACAUUCUAUAGUGUAAUUGAUAAAACAGUAAGUGAUAAUACAGAAGAUGAGACAGAUUUUUUUACAGAUAACAAUUUAACAGAGAAUUGUAAUUUGACAGACUCUGUUAUAUCUAUUCCAAAGAGGAAGCGAGUACGAAAACGCAAACCAAAAAAUAAAUCUAAAACUUUUUCAGAAUUGCUAUCAUAUUCUAGUAUGAGUGAAAACACAUUUAAGAAACCAAAAAUUAUAGAUUCUCGUAUUAUUCCCUCUGGACAACAUAUACGAUUUGAUAAUAUUGAAAAGGAAGAGAAUAAUAUUGCAAAACAAAUAAUACAGGAAACAUCUAGAAAUGAAUCUUGCAUAAGCAAAGCUUCAUCCUCCAGAGAUUUGUCUACACUUUUAGCAUUAGGACAAAGUUCAACACCAAUUACAUUUGUGAAUAAAAAAGUAAAAAAUGAAGUUAAGAGGGAAAAUGAACUAAAUGAUGAAAUAAGAACCAGAGUUUUGAAAAAAAAUAUGGAAGACAAUAUUAGCAAAGAAAAAAAUUUACAAGAUAAAGAAAAGACACAAAAUUAUGAAAACUUGAUACUUAGCGAUCUAGAAUUAUGUCCCAUUAUGACUAGAAAGCCACAAGUUAAAGAUAUUAUUGCCUUCAAGACUUUGAAGAUUGGCGCAGAUUAUACACCUCAAAUAUCUAAUUUUAUUGUGACUGAGGUAGUGAGUUUUAAUUCGAGCUCUGAAAAUUAUGUCUUGAAAGUAAUCAGAGGCAAAGAGGAAGUUCAAAUGCCACUUGGAAAAUUCUCUCUUUCAGAAGAGACAUCUGCAACUCAUGAUGCAGAUUUGUUUUCACUUAAUUAUUCACGGAUACAAGAACCUCGUUUACUUUUUUAGAUUUAAUUUGUUUCAUUAACAUUUGUUCCGUUAUUUUAAUUUUAUUUUAAUUGCGUUGUGUUUUAAAUUAGGAUGCAACAGUAUAUAGGUGUUAAUUAACUUGUGACUUUUCUUAAAUAUUGAACUUGUUUAUCACUUGCGUUUUUUUAUAUAUUUAAUAUUUUUAUUUUUCGUAGAUAUUUAAUAUUUUUGGAGCUUAUAUCGAGAAAGAAAGAUACGAUUUAUAAUUUAUUUA